UACUAAUUGUUCAUUGAAGAUAAGGUGAUGAAUUCAAAGUACGCUGGUGGAACAGUUUUAUCACAUUUUUUAACUGAUGAAACCGGACCAAAUUGUGGUGAUUUUACAUUUAAUGAACAAGAUCUCCUCUUAUUAUGUUGUCGUGAAAUUAAUUUAAAUGAUCAACCAGCUCAAGUAAUGGUUAGUCAUCCUAAAAUCCCUGGUUUAUCAUGGAUUAUAUUUUUUUAUCAAACUGCACCAAAUCAAUAUCAACCUAGAAUAGCAUUUGAUUUUCCAAGUUAUUUAAGAGCUGAUUGUGAAGUAUGCAUUCAAUUUGCUGGUAUGCAUUGGGUUGUUAAAUAUAAAUUUGAAGGUAGUUCAUGGUUAACGUCUACUCUGCCACCGAAAGCAAUGAAUGAACGUUGGGUUACAUUAGGUACAGUGAAAAAAGUUGAAAUACGCGUGAAUAUUACAAAAAUAUGGUUUAAAUUUCCAGUCUUUACAGCAUGUUGUCAUCCAGUAAAAACAAAACGUUUUGUUCGACAACCAGAUUUUACAAUGCCUGAUGAUUUUUCUGAUGUACAGUUGUUACCACAAGAUCCAAAUAAUCGUCGGCUAUUUUCACAUCGUCAAGUAUUAGCAAUGAAUUCACCAUGGUUUGCUGAACGUUUUCAUAAUACCUCAGCAUUGAAUACAGGAGAUAUAGGACCAAUUAUAUCAAUACCAUUUGAUUAUGAGAGUGUAUUGAAUUUUUUAAAAUUUAUAUAUCCUAAUAGUGAUAUGGUGAUAACAGCAGAUAAUGUUGAAGGAUUGAUGGAUAUGGCAAAAGAAUAUCAAAUGCCAAAUGUGAUUAGAAAAUGUGAAAAAUGGAUGUAUAAAUUUAUGGAAGGUGGUUCAGCUGUAUUGUGUUAUUAUUUAGCACGUAAACAUGAAUUACCACAAGUACAAGAUGCUGCAUUGCUUCAUUUAGCUGAAUAUAAUUCAUCACAAUUAAGAGCAAGAUUAAAUUUAGAUAUGAAAGGUAAAUCACCAGAUACACAUGAAGUGUUACUAAGUGAUUUAUGUGUUCGACUUGCAGGAUCUUAGUUAAUAAUAAUGAUAAUAAUGAUAACAGAAUGAACUUUCAUGAUAGAUAAUAAGAAGAACUGCUUAGAAUUUUAUUCA